UUCCUGUCACCAUCCACUCCCGUGAAUGAUGUCUUUAAAGUCAAUUUCACGGCCAGCAACAGUCCCCAAAGCAGAAGUUUCCUCCUCACUCCAGUAGACGACACUCGAUUUGGGGAACCAGAUGAAGUUGCAACACUAUCUCUGGCCGCUGUCUCUGAUGGGAGAGUGGUGUUUGGUAGUAAUGCUCAAUUGAUCAUUGAGGAUGAUGAAGGAUUCGGCGUAAUUAUUGUUGGAUUCUUAGACCAGGAGUACACCUUUUUUGAGAAUGGCCCCAACUUGGCAUUGGUUCAAGUUGGAAGGAAUAUCGAUUCUGGCCCUGCCUUUAGAGUCGAAAUGACCGCUGCCAAGCCAAGCUCCCCUUCUCAAUUCAUCAUACCAUCAGCCAUACCUUCUGACUUAGCCAGCAACGUCACAUUCAUUCCCAAUGGAAACAACAGAGAGGCAAUAGCUCUUGACCUACGUGAUGAUCAGACUGCUCUCGAGGACGACGAGUUUGUCACUCUCACACUUAGCUUGCCGUCUGCCAGUAAUAUCAGUGUCGGAGGAACUGUGAACGGUGUCACUUACUACUCUUCUGCAAGAGUUACAGUCAAGGACAAUGACUUUGUUACUCUGGGUAUUGACGGUACUACAAGUCGCAGUUUGUUUGAAGGUGACUCCAUUGAUGUCUGUGUGUCAAAGGACACUGUAACGGCCCGUGUUGUGAACUUUCUCCUAACCGCACUCCCAGGAUCAGCUGGACCUGAGGAUUUCUCGCCGAUCACUGUCCAAAAUGGACAGCUACAGCGGAGCUCUACCAGUCCCGUCUGCUUUCCGUUCUCAGCCGUUGAGGACAGUCUGUCGGAUGAUGGAGAGAGCUUCAGUGUUGCGCUCUCCAGUGGCGACAGUUUCCCCACUGGUCCGGGAGGUCUCCAGAUUGGGAGUGACAGAGUUGGCGUCACAAUUUUAGAGAGAAUAGCGACACCACCAUCACUACCACCCGGAAUUAUUGUGGAAGAUACUGUGAUAGGAGACCCACUGUUCACAGUUCCCCUGCCAGCCUCUGCCGGCCACUUGUGCUACGAAAUCAGAGGAGUUGCAGACCAGUUCUUUAACUUUAUCUCUGACGAGUGCGUGUCCGUCAACGCUCACUACUCUGAACGCAGCCCUCUACCGGGCGAGACUAGACAACUCCACAUCAUAGACCAAAUUGCCAUCCGGGCGGUGGACAAUGCUAAUGACUGCAUCAACAUACUAGUUGAUAGAAAUGGCUGCGUGACUACCGCCAACAGAGAGACUAUCAGCAACGCAUACAACAAGGGAGGAGUGACUGUUAGUGCUGCAGACAAUAGAGUAGUUGUGGGUGUUCCGAACUGUGGGGAUUUGGACCUAGAAAUGGAGGUUGUGUGCGAGACAAGAAACGGCGUUGAGAUGAUUCGUUUUGAAGUGAUGAGGGGCCACAACCUCAGGGACACAUCUCACGGCCUUCUCGACACCUUUACUGACACACCAGUAAUACCCUCCAGUUCCCCAGAAAAUGUCAGUUCUGGAAUGUUUCAAUAUCAACCCAAGAGUUCACUGGUGACCUGAGAAACACACCACUGACUGGGAACCUGGUGUUGGUGACCCUUGUCUCACCAACCUCUGUCAGGAGAUUCCCUGCCUGGCAGGAGAGGAAGACUUGGGACAACAGAAGAACAUGUCUAUUUGGUGGGAACCAGAAUGGAGGGACGGUCUACGAGGUGGUUAGCAAUCAUGACUCUCUCAUCCAGGGAGUCUACACAGACUACAUGACAGAGUCCGAAUUUUCAACUCAGUUCAAAUUCUCUCAGUUUGACAAUAGUCAGUGCAUGUAGCUAGGAAAGCAUACCAAUUAUAUUACACAAAGGUUAUCAUCAGGAACAGUUUUUCUAUUAAAGUUGUAUAUGGUAUAUUGAUAUCAUAAAAAUACUGAAUUAGUCGC